CAUUGACAAAUACAUAUGUCAAUCUAUGUGUCAAAAGUGGAAUUCUGGAAAUUUGUUUUUAUUUUAAUAAAAUUACGAAAUAAAAACAACUAAUACAACUAUGUCUGAGAACUCAAAGUGCUGAAGAUUUAACGUAAAAUUAAAAGUUAUCACCAGCGCCAUGACGUCGGAAGAAAAGGAAGUAGAAAAAGAUGUUGCCCAGUCUACAGAACAUGAUGAAGAAAAUGAGAAAGUGGCUCUUCAGGAGUACAUUUCUAACCUAGAGACUAGAAUAAAACAAAAAACUGAACUACGUAAUGAAAAUUUAAACUGUGUAAGGCCGCCAGAAAACCAUUUUUCUAAACUGGAUUCAGGUUUGAAGAAAAAUACAACAUUUGUAAAGAAAUUAAAAUCUUUUAGCGCCACACAAAUAGAUAGCCUGCUGAAAGAUUUUAGCGCCCUCAAUCUUACAAAGUAUAUUUCUGAAGUGGCAUCAGCUAUUACUGAAGCAAAACUGAAAAUGUCUGACAUACCAGCUGCCAUAACCCUGUGCUCCAAGCUCCACCGGACUUAUGCUGAGUUUUCAUCUAAUCUGUUUGAGAACUGGCAGAAGAUUUUGACCUUUAAGACUACAGAUAAAAUAUCUAAUUCAUCAAAGCUACGAGUGGACAUAAGAUUCUAUGCAGAGUUGGUCACUGUUGGUAUAUUUGUGAACAAGACGGGUCUUCCUCUACUGGGCAAUGUACUGACUGUGCUCAUCAACAUGGACAAGGAAGACCACAAUAACAUUCCUAUUCUUCUGUCAUUUUGUAAGCAUUGUGGGGAAGAUUAUGCUGGUCUAGUCCCUAAGAAAAUCAGGGAAACAGCUGAGAAAAACAACAUCACAAUACCAAGGAACACAUUCUUGCCAGCGGAAAAGCAAGCAGUGGUGCGGCAGCUACUAAGGGACUAUUUCUCAUCUUUGACUAAACACCUCCUCUCCGAGAGGAGUCAGCUGCAAGCUCUGCAUGUGGCCAACCAACGCACCCUGCACACCCGUGGAGAACUCUCCCAGGAGAGGAAAGACCAGCUGGAGCAACAUCAGGCAAUGUAUGACAAGCUUUUGGCUGGAGCUCAAAGCUUUGCAGAAGUCCUUGGAGAAGACCUCGGAGAAGCAGGUGAGCCUCCAACGCUGUCUCUGGCAGUCACGGAGGCUCAGGGGAGCAUCAGCCUCGGAGGCACUGAGGAGUACACCUUCCAGGCUGGAGCUGAUCCGUGGCAGGAUGAGGAUACAAGAACCUUCUACACUAGCCUGCCUGAUCUGAAAGUGUUCAUGCCCAGUUAUCAAAUUAAAGAGCCAAUAGUCCCGAAGAGCAAGGAGGCCGUCACCGAGGAGAUGCUGGACGAGGAGCUGAAGGAGCUGGAGCUGAGCGACGAGGAGGCCGAGCCGCCGCCGCCCGAGCCCGAGCAGGACGAGCCGCCCACGCACAGCGUCUCCAACAAAUACGCCCUUGACUCGUUUCUGAACGAGCUGCCCAACUGCAUCAACAGAGAGCUCAUAGACAACGCGGCCGUGGACUUCGUUCUAAAUUUGAACACAAAGAACAACCGGAAGAAGCUGACGAGAGUUCUGUUCAGUGUUGCCAGGACGAGGCUCGAUUUGUUGCCGUUUUACUCGAGAUUCGCCGCCAUCUUGUAUCCGGUUAUCCCGGAUGUGUGCGUGGAUCUGUGCCAGAUGCUCAAACAAGACUUCAAGUAUCAUGUUAGGAAAAAGGAUCAGAUCAAUAUUGAAUCCAAGAUAAAAGUGGUAAGAUUCAUCGGCGAGCUGGUGAAGUUCAGCUUAUACUCCAAGAUGGAGGCUCUGUACUGCCUGAAGGUUCUACUGCACGACUUCAAGCACCACCACGUGGAGAUGGCGUGCAACCUGCUCGAGACGUGCGGGAGAUAUCUCUACUGCAAUCCGGACACGCAUCAGCGGACCAUGAUAUAUCUGCAACAGAUGAUGAGGAAAAAGACAGUAUCGGCGCUAGACUCGCGCUACGUGACCCAGAUAGAGAACGCGUUCUACUACGUGUGCCCGCCCGAGGCGCCGGCGCAGCCGCGCGAGGAGGAGCCGCCGCUGCACCAGUUCAUCAGGAAGAUCCUGCACGAGGACCUGCAGAAGAGCAAUGAGGAGAAGAUAUUGAGACUAAUGCGCAAGCUCAACUGGGAGGACCCGGACGUCUCUGUAGCCGGCAUCCAACAACUGGCCGGGGGCUGGCGCGUGCGGGCGUCGGCGCGGCGCGCGCUGGCGCGGCUGGCGGCCGAGCUGGCGGGCUGGCAGGAGCACGUGGCGCCCGCCGUGGUGGACGCCGUGCUCGAGGAGCUACGGCUCACCAUGGAGGACCCGCACCCCAGGUACAACCAACGCCGCAUAGCCACUGUUCGGUACCUGGGCGAGCUCUACAACUACAAGCUACUGGACUCGCGCGACGUGUUCAACGUGCUCUACUCCUUCAUCACGUUCGGGGUCACCAACGAACACGGCGUGGUCUCCCCUCUAGACCCCCCAGACAACGUGUUUAGGAUACGACUCGUCUGCGCUUUGUUAGAAACCUGUGGGGCCUAUUUCAACAGCGGAUCCAGCAAGAAGAGGCUAGAUUAUUUCUUAGUCUUCUUCCAGAAUUACUACUGGUUUAAGCAGUCGGACCCGUACUGGACUGAGGAGAAUAAGUUUCCGAUUUACGUCAAGUAUAUUUAUCAAGAGUGCCUGCUGAGUUUAAGACCGAAAUUGACUUUGUUCACGAGCUGGCAGCAAUGUAAAGACGCUAUAGAAGAUUUGAGGCAAUCCUUAUAUCCGGAUUUAGGGGAGGAUGAUAAUUAUGAUGAUCAAGGGGAUGACAGCAUGAACGAAGGCUUGGAUACAAUAAUAGAGAGUGAUGACGAAACUGAUAACCCCAAUUUGCCCGAUGAGAGUUCAGAUGACGAUAUGAUGACGGAGAACACAGUGAAUGAAGACAAUGAUGCAGUGGAUGAAAUGAACGAUGAGCCGAGGAGGCCUGCAGCGAAACCUGUGGAAGACGUGGAGUUCGAGUCCCAGUUCGAGCGGAUGGUGCUGGAGAACAUCGCGGAGAGACAGCGCGAGAACCGGCCGCAGCAGCGGGAUAUAGCGGUCCCCAUGACCUGCCGGCAGACUACUAAGAAGACUUACGAGCAGUUAUUGCAAGGCAAGGACGACGUGGAGUUCGUGCUGAUGGUGCGCAAGGGCACGAAGCCGCAGUACAAGUCGUUCAGCGCGCCGCCCGAGCUGGCCAGCAACCUGCAGACCCAGGCGCUAGCCGACAAGCAGGAGAUGGAGCGAGUCAAACGCCUAACCCUCAACAUAUCUGAGCGUCAAGAAGAAGAGGAAUACAGUGCAGAAACCGGCGGCGGUGGCGGCGGUGGCGGCAACCCCAACAGAGGGCAGCACGUGCGGCAAAAGUACCAACACCCCAAGGGAGCGCCCGACGCUGACCUCAUCUUUGGACCUAAGAAAUUCAAAUAAACCUAGAAUCAACGCAGGAUUGAUAUUGAUUUUAGUGCAGUGGGAUGAAAUUAAAGUAAUUCCUCUGAUAUGAUUCCACGGGUGGUAUGCAGACGCUUCCAUGCCUGCCGGAUUUAUGUGGGUUUUUAUUAGCUCAGCAGCAUUCUCUCAUAUUUUGUAAGUUUGGAAAUUCAGAUUUAUACGAAAGUUAGAGUGUACUACAGCAUGUUUCGAAGGGGGCUACGAUAUCCGAAUAGUGGAUGGCCCCUUUUUUGAUACUAUAGUAUAGUCUUUAUUUUCGGUCGCUUUACUUUUGCAUUUAGAGAAUCUUGGCAUGAAUCUAUUGUAUCCGAUGCUAGAACUGAACCGUGAAUGUGGACACUAUGUAAAUUAAAUAUUAAAUCAUUAUUGUUACUCAUUGCAGUCCCUUUGCAGAUUGGAUAUAUUCCGUUAAGUAACUCUUAUAUUGAUUGUGAAGUUCAUAUAAUGUGUUGUAUUUUAA